AACAGCUGACUAGUUUCAUUUUGUUUGUGAAUUGUGAAAUUAACGGGACUCUGCGCUUGUUAAUUUUUAAAAAUGCUUGAGGCGCGAUUAAGUCAGACUUUGUUGCUGAAGAAGAUCAUCGAUGCGCUGAAGGAAAUCAUCGCCCAGGGAACAUUGGACUGCAGUGACUCUGGCCUGCAGCUCCAAUCAAUGGACAACUCCCACGUUUCGCUGGUGUCCCUAAGCCUCCAAUCGGAUUGUUUUGAAAAGUUCCGCUGCGAUCGCAAUGUCUCCCUGGGCUUGGAUCUGAAAUCCCUGGGCAAGGUACUUAAGUGCGCCAAUAGCGACGAUGCGGUCACCAUAAAGGCCGUUGACAAACCGGACAAGAUUACGCUCAGCUUCGAGUCCGAUGGCAAAGAACGCACGGCGGACUACGAACUAAGGCUCUUGAAUCUUGACGAGGACCACCUGGGGAUUCCGGAAACGGACUACUCCUGCGUCAUACAGUUGCCGUCGACGGAGUUCGCCCGCAUUUGCCGCGACAUGAGCAUGUUCGACGAGUCCCUGACGAUCGCCUGCUCCAAACAGGCCAUCAAGUUCUCGGCCAAUGGAGAUCUGGGCUCGGCCAACAUCCAGCUAAGUGAGGGCACCAAAAUGGAUGUGAGCAUUGAGGUGCAGGAACCCCUGACCCAGUCCUUCGCCGGUCGCUACCUGAACACCUUCACAAAGGCCACUCCUCUCGCGGAUCGAGUCAAGAUCUGCCUGUCCGCCGAGGUGCCUCUCCUGGUGGAGUAUCCCAUUGAGGAUUACGGCUUCAUUCGAUACUAUCUCGCACCCAAAGUGGAUGACCCCGAUUCCUAGCUACACAGACUAUCCACCGCAUCUAAGAACAUAACGAUUCAUUUUUUUACACUAUUAUAGGUCAAAAAAUACUAUAACUUAUAAUAUAAUAUAAUAUAAUAUAAUAUAAUAUUAUAUAAUAUUAAAAGCUAUUAAAACUAAAAGACACAUUUUAUAAAUCAGAGAAAUUUUAUAAAUUUUGUUCGAUUAUGCAUCUUAAUAAUACUUAAAGUAGCUUUUACAUACUAUUACUCAUUUAAGUUUUUAGGCUCGGAUUAAAAAAAAAAAAAUGUAUUUUUCAGUUUUUGAUGUUUGAUACAAGCACAAUUGGAGAAUAGCUUAUCAUUAAAAAUAAAAUUGUUUUACGCCAUCCAUCCAACUCAAUAAUGCUAAAUAAUCAUUUAAAAACGGGAAAAAAAAGAAACAAAAAAAAUAUUGUAUUUAAAACCGACCUGCGUUGCCGGACCGUUCAGUGCCAGUGUAAUUGGGUAAUUGGGCGCAGCAAUGGUCACCCUAAAACCGUGAAUAUCUUUGCGAAUCGCUGACAACCCUGCCCAGGCGCAAAUGCAGAGCUAAACAAAAACCGAAAAA